CUUUAGUAAUCAUUACUACACACAAGCAAGCUUCUUAAAUCUUGUAUUUUCCACAUUUAUAAUCAGACGCUCCUUCACAAGAACAAACCGACAUUCUCUUUCUCUGGCUAAAUAUUCCUCUCUGAUAAACCCUUACAAUGUCAAACAUGGUUAAGGCGUUAUUAUUAUGGACAGAGCAGGAAAAAGAGAAGAAGGAGAAGAAAGAGAAGAAACCCAGUUGGGAAAUCGGCGUCUGAAGCUUUGUCGGAACCCAUUUUCCGGUUUCGGGUUUUGGGUGUCGAAGAAUCUACGGAACUUGUACCGCAAAGCUCGGUUAUCGAACAAUGGGUUUUUUUGUUCCUCGAGAAGGGUUGAGUUCGAUGGCAAUGUGGUGAACAACUCCGUUUUCUUUGUUUCAGAUUAUUGUUUUCUUGAAGAAGAAGAAGAAAGGGGGGCCGUAAUGGAGUGUCUGGGCGAGAAGAAAAAUGGGAAUAAUGAAGGGUUUGGUGAGAAUGCUAAUGAAGUUGAGACAUUUGGGGAUUUGAUUGCGGAAGAGGGUCGUGAGAGUAGUUCCAGUUCUGAUUUUCUGACGUCGGAAACGACAGGACAUGAAGAGGAACAGAGCCAUAGUAGCUCCGAGGAAUCGUCUUCUUCUCCGACGACAUUGGGUUGGCCUGUUGAGAAACCCGAGGCACAAGAUUGCGCCAGUCAAUGUGGUGAUGAAUCCGGAGAGAAAAAAGGAUCAGAAAUUUCAGAGAUUGAGUUGAUGAAGGAAAGGUUCUCGAAAUUGCUGCUUGGAGAAGAUAUGUCCGGUUCUGGAAAUGGGGUUUCUACGGCAUUGGCUAUAUCAAAUGCCAUUACUAAUCUUUGUGCUACCUUAUUUGGGCAACUUUGGAGGCUUGAACCUUUGCCUCAAGAGAAGAAGCUCAUGUGGCGACGAGAGAUGGAAUGGCUUCUUUGCGUGAGCGAUCACAUCGUUGAGUUGAUACCUUCCUGGCAGACAUUUCCAGAUGGAAGCAAACUCGAGGUCAUGACUUGCAGACCUCGUGCGGAUCUCUAUGUAAAUCUUCCCGCACUUCGUAAAUUGGAUAACAUGCUACUUGAGAUACUAGACGAUUUUGAGAAUACGGAGUUCUGGUAUGUGGACCAAGGGAUUUUGGCCCCAGAUGCUGAUGGAUCAUCCUCAUUCCGGAGAACACUUAAGCGCCAGGAGGAAAAGUGGUGGCUACCUGUGCCCCGAGUUCCUCCAGGUGGCCUCCAUGAAGAUACAAGAAAACAAUUGCAGCACAAGCGUGAUUGCACAAACCAAAUAUUGAAAGCUGCAAUGGCUAUCAACAGUAUUACUUUGGCUGAUAUGGGAAUCCCUGAAUCAUAUCUGGAAUCUCUUCCAAAGAAUGGAAAAGCCUGCCUGGGAGAUCUUAUAUAUCGAUAUAUUUCGUCAGAGCAAUUUUAUCCUGAAUGUCUACUGGAUUGCCUUGACUUGUCAUCUGAACAUCAAGCCAUAGAGAUCGCUAACCGAGUAGAGGCCUCAAUGUACAUGUGGCGCAGAAAAGUCAACUCUAAACCUGCCAGCAAUACAUCACGAUCCAGCUCAAGAUCGUCAUGGGAAAUGGUCAAAGAGCUGAUGAUGGAUGCAGAGAAAAGGGAGUUACUUGCAGAAAGAGCAGAAAGUCUCCUUCUUUGCUUGAAACAACGCUUCCCAGGUCUUCCACAGACGGCCUUAGAUAUGAGCAAAAUCCAGUACAAUAAGGAUGUUGGGAAAUCCAUUUUGGAGAGUUAUUCAAGAGUUUUGGAGAGCCUUGCAUUUAAUAUUGUGGCACGUAUUGACGAUCUUCUUUAUGUUGACGACUUGACCAAACAUUCUGAUCAGUUCUGUUCGAUCUCGAAAGUUGGUUUGCUCGCUCAGAAUGGUCCUCCAAUGUCAUAUUCAGUGCCUGUUCCAUGUACUCCAUACAAAACAGCUUUCACUACACCAAGCUUUUCUCCUGCGCGUCUAGUUAGCCCUGCUAGAGGGGAUAGAUCUCCGUUUAUCACGAGCGGAAAGAUUCCCCAGCGCGGACUAGGUGUGAAAAAGGUUUUGACAGAUUAUCUCAGCAUUGAGACAAAAGGAAACAUUUUUGGAAGUUCUAAUGGAAAAGCAGGCUCAAUAUCAAAGACUACGCAUGGGAUCAUACCUGGAUCUCAAGCAGGAACAGAACCUUCCGACUCCAGAAAAACAACAAGCCCAUCAAUGCGGGACCGAUUUGAGAGGGAUGAUAUCUGAGAAUGAAUUCUGAUGAUGGCAUUUUCCAAAAUAUGUAGUAUUCUCUUCCAGAACUAGCUCUGUAAUGUCUUCUUUAAUUGGCAUAGUAGGUAUAUUUCAGAAUGGAAAAGGUCCCAAGGUACUAUAGUUUUUUCAAAAUGCCGGUCUUAGAAUUUAUGCUUGUAAUAGUGAUGAGUUGAUGAGUUGAGUUUGUUCCUGACUGACUCAAGUCGAACUGGGAUUGUAAAAAAAGAAAGAAGCCAAUAUUUCGUUUCUUUGUUCAUAACUA